AUGUCCGGCUGGGAUGCUUAUAUAAAGAAUUUGCUCUCAGCAAGCAGUAGCAUUCGACGAGCGGCAAUAAUUGGCUAUCCAGAUGGUGCAGUAUGGGCAAGGUCUGAAGGAUCUGGCGAAUUUAAAGCAACAGAUAGUGAGCUAAAAAAAUUUGUCAGCCUUUAUGAUAAUAUCGAGAAAGUGCCCUCAGUAGGAUGUGAUUUGGAAGGUAUUCAUUAUAUCGUACCUCGGUCAGAAGAUAAUCUAAUUUUUGGUAAACGAGAUAAAACCGGUAUCUUUGCAGCUAAAACAAAGUCAGCUGUUCUUAUUGCUUGUUAUGAAGGAGAUACUGCUGCCGGCUCAGAAGCUCGUGUUGCUGUGGAAGAUCUUGCAAAAUAUCUUUCUGGAUUGGGAUACUAA